AUGGAAGCUGACAAUAAGAGCCAGAAAUCACCAGAAGAAAGCGCAACAACUCCGCCAUUACCGGCUAGUAAUGAGUUGGAAGAUGCUAUGGCUAAAAACGCAAAACUUUUACAAGAACGCAAUGAUUUCGAAGACAAAUACAAACGAGCUCUAGCUGAAGCCGAAAAUGUGAGAAAGCGAAUGCUUCGACUAGUGGAAGACGCGAAGUUAUUCGGUAUCCAAUCCUUCUGCAAAGAUCUUCUUGAAGUUGCUGACGUACUUGAAAAGGCUACUGAAAGCGCUCCUGAAGAUCAGCUCAAAGAAGGUGUUAAUCCUCAUUUCCGGCAUUUGUUUGAGGGUCUGAAAAUGACCGACGCCCAGUUGUUGAAAGUUUUUUCCAAGCAUAGCUUACACAAAAUUGUGCCAGCGAUUGGCGAUACUUUCAACCCUAACAUUCACGAAGCUGUGUUCACCAUCCCUGUGAGUGGUGAGAACAAGCCGAACACGAUUGCUGUCAUACAGAAGGUGGGCUACAGCCUACAUGAUCGAACUCUUCGUCCUGCCUACGUCGGGGUUUUUACAGCCUGA